AUGCAACGUCACGCGCUACGCCGUGUCGCACGCACGAGCAGCUGCCGCAGCAACAGCUCCGUGGCUGUCCAGACCAUGUCGGUCAAUCCGCGGCCGCGACGCUUCUCCGUGCACGUCCCCGUGAAGCAGACGCACUUGUUCAUCAACAACCAGUUCGUGCCGUCGUCCACGGGCGCCACGUUCGACACGUUCAAUCCGGCCACGGAAGAGAAGAUCGCGUCGAUCGCCGAGGCGUCUCCGGCCGACAUUGACGCGGCUGUCGACGCUGCACGCACUGCGUUCCACGGCCCGUGGCGCACCAUCGACGCUGUCGAGCGCAGCCGUCUGUUGUUCCGCCUUGCAGACCUCAUGGAGCAAAACGGCGACGAGCUGGCGCGACUCGAAGCGCUUGACGCGGGCAAACCCACGGCGCUGGCUCGUGUCGUCGACGUGCAAGCGGCUCUGGACGUGCUGCGGUACUACGCUGGCUGGGCCGACAAGAUCCACGGCACUACGAUCCCCAUCUCGGGUCCCUACUUGUGCUACACGAAGCAAGAGCCCGUGGGCGUGUGUGCCCAGCUCGUCCCGUGGAACUUCCCAAUGAUUAUGACGUGCUUGAAGCUCGGGGCGACACUUGCAACGGGGAACACGGUGGUGCUAAAGCCCGCCACGCAGACGUCGCUCACGGCGCUGCGCAUAGCUGAGCUUGUUGUCGAGGCGGGCUUCCCCGAGGGUGUGGUCAACAUUGUCACGGGCGCGGGCGGUUCCGUUGGCUCGUACCUCGUGCAGCACCCACACGUGGACAAGAUCGCGUUCACGGGCUCGUCCAAGACGGGGCUGACCAUCAUGCGCUCGGCGCACGUCGUCAACCUCAAGCGCAUGAGCCUCGAGCUCGGCGGCAAGUCGGCGAACAUCAUUCUCGACGACGCCGACAUCGACGCGGCCAUCCAGCAGUCCCAAAUGGGGCUGUUCAUCAACGCCGGUCAGCUGUGCAUCUGCGGCAGCCGCGUGUACGUGCAAGAAGGAAUCUACGACGAGUUCGUGCGCCGGUCGGCCGAAGCGGCGAGCGCCAUCAAAGUCGGGGACCCCACGGACCCGGCGACCGAACAAGGGCCGCAGAUCGACGGUGUGCAGAUGGAAAAGGUGUUGGGCUACAUCGAGUCAGGUAAGCGCGACGGCGCGCGCUUACUGUGCGGCGGCAAGCGCUGGGGCGACAAGGGCUUUUUCAUUGAGCCGACGGUCUUUGCAGACGUGACGGAGAACAUGGCCAUUGCACGCGAAGAGAUCUUUGGCCCCGUCAUGUCGAUCCUCAAGUUCAAGACAAUCGACGAAGUCAUUGAACGGGCCAACGACUCGGAGUUUGGGCUCGGGGCGGGCGUCGUCACGGCCAACUUGGACAACGCGAUCAAGAUCUCGAACGGCGUGCGCGCUGGCACUGUGUUUGUCAACUGCUACGCUGUGAUUGACCCGCGUGCGCCGUUUGGAGGCUUUAAGAACUCGGGGCUCGGCCGCGAGCAGGGCGAACAAGGGCUGGACAGCUACUUGGAGACCAAGACGGUCAUUAUCAAGCGUCCGCAUGACUCGAUGCCAUAA